GGUACGCCUUUCAGCCGCACGCUGGGGCCCGAGCUGUGCGACAUGUGGACCUCGUCCGACGUGCUCUGCUGCACGGCCAGCAUCCUCCACCUGGUGGCCAUCGCCCUGGACAGGUACUGGGCGGUGACCAACAUCGACUACAUACACCAGCGGACGGCGCGCCGCAUCGGCCUCAUGAUCCUGGUGGUGUGGCUGGUGGCCUUCAUGGUGUGCAUCGCGCCCAUGCUGGGCUGGAAGGACCCCGGCUGGGACGAGCGCGUGACGCUGGACCAGGAGUGCAUGGUGUCGCAGGACAUCGCCUACCAGAUCUUCGCCACGGCCUCGUCCUUCUACCUGCCGCUGCUCGUCAUCCUGGGCCUCUACUGGCGCAUCUUCCAGACGGCCCGGCGCCGCAUCCGGCGCCGCGUGCAGACCUCGGCCGUGGGCGGCAGGGCCGUGCCCGGCGGGCCGUGCGCCAGGAACCCGUCGCAGGGCGGCGUCGUGGCAGGAGCAGCGGGCGGCAGUGGUGGGCUGGCCGCAGCGGUGGUGGGCAUGAUCGGCAGGCCGCUCCCCACCAUCUCGGAGGCCACCACCACCACCACGACCACCGCCUUCACCAACGUGUCCUCCAACAACACGUCGCCGGAGAAGACGUCCUUCGCUAACGGGCUGGAGGCGGACCCGCCCACCGCGGACCAACUCUCCUGCAGCCCCUACUCGGCGUCGCAGCACCACCACUACCCGAAGCGCAAGAAGGAGGCCAUGGACUCGAAGCGCGAGCGCAAGGCCGCCAAGACGCUGGCCAUCAUCACGGGGGCCUUCGUCAUGUGCUGGCUGCCCUUCUUCAUCAUGGCCAUCCUGCAGCCCGUGUGCGACACGUGCUACUUCAACAAGUUCCUCGUCUCCUUCUUCCUGUGGCUCGGCUACUUCAACUCGACGCUCAACCCCAUCAUCUACACCAUCUUCAGCCCCGAGUUCCGGCACGCUUUCAAGCGCCUGCUGUGCGGUCGGCGCGCCACGCUGCGGCGCCGCAACAACCGUCACCUGGCAGGCAGGGGCCGCCAGCUCUGAGCCCUACCCCUACAGUGCAGGCUGCGGUGUGGACGUCGGUGUGGACCGAGUGGACUCAAGUGUAGCCUUUCCCUUUUUCAACCGUCACCGCACAACGCCGCACGCCGGGGCGGCCGCACCCAACUUCCUUCCCGUGGCACACUGGAGGACUUAAGUGUGAAGGGAAGUCCAAAGUUGUGGGAAUGCCCCGUGUUUCGAUCGUUUGCUGCACCCCUCUUCCUGAAGUAUUUCUUUCAUCCUCGUUUGAAUAUCCCAUAGCACCCAGAGGGUACUGUCAUUGUCCAGGACAAACGAAAAGAAAAAUUAAUUUCAUGAAAAGGGGUUGGGAUCCAGGCGGUGGGGAGCCGCCCGAGUAGCAGGAUUCUGUGAUGUGGAUGUGGGGAUGGAAUUCCCUGAUGAUUAGUGGCUGCGAUUGAUGCAGAGACCAAGUGCAGUGCUGUAUCUUAGCGCUCUUGCAUCAACUCAUCCUAAUCAGAACCAAUCUGUGUGUAAAUACUGAACCAAUCAAAGUGUAAAUUUGUUAAUAAAUUGUUACAAGAUGCACAUACAAUUUUUGUAAAGUAUAUUUAACUAGACAAGUAAAGAAAACCUUGUAGAAAAAAAAUUAAGAGCCAUAACUUCCCGAAUAGACUUAGAGCCAAGAAGCUUAAUUUUAUGGCAAGCAAAUGUGCAAAGAGAAAUCAAGUUUUGGAAGUCUCAGUCCAGCUGGUAAAACAUGUUAUUUUCAAACAAUGCCAGAACAUUAUGGGCGUUUCUGACAACAAAAUUUGAGAAUGCAGUACCCAUUUUUUCCAGAAUACUACACUAAUUUCAGCACAGUGGGUACGAAGUCUGCAGACAGACAAAGGUCAUUUUUGGAAGAGAAAAGAGACAUCAGCGAAUUUAUUGCCUCCGUUCUUUCAGUCCUUUUUUAAAAAUUAUUAUUUGUUCCGUGUAGACUUGAUGACCCCCAGAUAGCUUGUUACUAUUUGCUUCCUUUGGCCACUGUUCGGUCUGAAGUGAAGAAAGUCAGAAUUUCUGAAUGGGGUCACCAGGAUAGCCCGUCCUCAGCACAAAAAUCGAUUGAGAGGUAUGAAAUAUUUAUGAUAAAAGAAGGCAGCUAGAGUUUUUAAAUUUAAGCUGUUUUAUCUCAUUCAAAACUAACUUUUUAUUAAAUUAUAAAGUAAAAUAGGUAGCUGCAGUGCCCUUCAGACUUAGUGUUAUCUUUGUUGUAAAAAUUUAUCAAAAAAGAUGUCUACCACAAUGAUUCCAGUUCUUUUAAAUAAAUGAUUGGAACAAUGAAAAUAUCAAUUAACUUUAUGCAUUGAGAGCAAAGUUAUGAAGCUUUACACACAUGAGUGUCUAGAAUGAACCUGCGGUACCUUUAUUGUGUAAGACUGUCACAAUUAGACUUAGAGUACCUGAUUACCCUGACAUACAUAACAAUACUUGGCAAUAAACCAAAGUUAUUUACAUGUUAUACAUUCAAAAUGUUACUAGCAUGGCUGCAUGUCACUUGUUCCUUAUAGUAAAAUUUGUUUUCUUAAUGGAAUGUGAUGUACAAUCAAGUGUUCUGUGACGAGAUGUGAACAUACAAACACAAGUAAAGAAAAGAAGAACUAUGUAA